UCGCAAACGUCAAACGGCGGCCGGAAGCGCUCGGUGCGUUUGCUUACCAUUCCGUGCGUUUACACCGUUUUCGCUGUCAAAGCGCUCGACUCACUGCCGUGCGAUCGUUCUUUCUCUUCCGGGCCGUGUACCGAACUGUAUUGACACAUUUCGCCAAGAUGUUCAUGCCAAAAGCACAUCGAGUCGCCAUCUACGAGUACCUCUUCAAGGAGGGUGUGCUGGUCGCGCAGAAGGAUUUCUACGCCCCGAAGCACCCGGAGCUGGAGAACAUCCCGAACCUGCACGUCAUCAAGACGAUGCAGUCGCUCAAGUCGAAGAACUUCGUGAAGGAGCAGUUCGCCUGGCGCCACUACUACUGGUAUCUGACCAACGAGGGUAUCGAGUAUCUGCGCGCCUACCUCCACCUGCCGGCCGAAAUCGUGCCGUCGACGCUGAAGCGAGCGGCCCGCUCGGAACCGCAGCGCGCCCGCACACAGGCCGGUCCCCGUCCGGAAGGUCCGAAGUCGGGCGAAGAUCGCCAGGCGUACCGGCGCAUGCAGCAGGCGGCACCGGCCGACAAGAAGGGUGAUGUUGGUGUUGGUGCUGGCGAGCUAGAAUACCGUGGUGGAUUCGGCCGUGGUAACCGUAUGUAAGAACCGUGUGCCGAUUGGGAGGAUUCGCCGAACCACAAGCACACAGAAACAAUAACCACAACAACAAUCAAUUGGCCGUCUUUAGUUCGUCUUGGCUGCAUUGCAUCGGAAGGAUGUUGUUUGGAAACGCCACGCUUCUUGGGUGGAUCAUGGUGAUGCAUUUCAAGCAGGGAGGGGCGUUGGGGCGCGCGUGCGGUCCAGAGUGGUGUGAACGUUAAUGCUCCACAUUAAUGUUGAAAUUCGGGUUGAUCCUUUAUUAUCUGUAAUGUUCAAAGUGAAUUUGUUUUGCCCCUCUCUUACGUUAACAUACAGCAACGCAACGCUCUUCGGAUUAAUAAAGGCAGGGACGAACUAAAAACACCAACA